GUGGAUGGCUUCUACCCUGACACUCGGAAGGACGAAGUCUGGGACUUCUUCCGGAAGUGUGGGAGAAUUGGGGAUGUGUAUCUUCCACGAGACCAUUCCACUCAGAAGAACAGAGGCUUUGCCUUUGUUCGCUUCUACGAUCGGCGCGAUGCCGAGAUGUGUGUGCAGGAUAUGGACGGGCAGAUGUUUCAAGGGUCCAAGCUUCGGGUGAACUUUGCGCAGGUUGCUCGCGACAAUGCCCCACCUCCAAAGCGCGGGCAGAACGAUGGUGCCCGGCGAGCUCGCUCCCGCUCAAGGACCAACUCCAGUAGGUUGGAAAGUGGGAGUCCGCAGAGGGGCAAACGGCGCCGCCAGCGAAGCGAGAGACGAAGCCGAAGCAGACGGAAGGUCCGGAGCGCAAGCUCCAGCAGGAGCCAGAGCAGAACGAAGGGGAGGUCGAAGAGAGGAAGAUGA